UUGAUUUAAUAUAUCAAAAACCACGUGUUUCCAGUAUGACAAAGAAAGCACUAAUUGUGGUUAUCAAAGUUGUAAACAAUCACAAGAAAAGGAAUGGUGCAACGAAAGAUAUGAAGCAGAUGUGUUGGAUGUUUGGGGAACUUGGGUUUGAUGUGAUUCCGCGUUUGGACCUUAAAGUCCGUGGGAUAGAAAAGGAACUACGAAAAGCAUGUUCCGAACCCUGCGACUGCUUUGUGUUUGUGAUAAGUUCACAUGGUCGAGAGGUUCUCCUGUCUGGGACAUCAAACGUGUACGUGUAUGACCAGACCGUUUUGGGAUCGGACGGAAAGACUGUCUGUGUAGAUGAUCUUUUCAAAUUCAUGGAUAACAAAGUGCUGAAAGGAACCCCAAAGUUGUGCUUUAUUCAGGCAUGCCGAUCAAAAGCACAAAUAUCACCGAGCGCAGAUGAAGUCGAUGAGGGUAUUCCUGUAAUGGUAUCUAAGCCGACAAUGACGGGCGGACAUAUUACACAUCAGUUAGAUCAGGCGGAUUGUAAAACAACGCAGGACGAUUCUUCACUGUCGCGAAAUUCUGAGCUGCAAGUCUGGUACGACGAUUCUGUUAUUGAAAUAUUAAAUACGAAGUCUUACACUGAAGAGGAUCGAGACAACUUCAAAGACGUUACAGCAGCCGUUGGCGAUGAAACUACCCAUUCCGAAUCCAACAUUCGGAUGAUAGCUGACAACAACAAUCCUUUUAAUCUGACUGAUUCUGAUGACGAAGACACUGACGAUGAAGUAGAUGUAGGCGGAAGUACUGGUGAUGCAGCAGGUGGAGGCGAUUCUAACGCUAUGCCCGAGCUUCCUGUCGAUGUUGCCCCAGUAAACUGCCCAAGAGAUUGCCUUGUCAUGUACUCGGUUCAACCGCAUAAGUACGCUCUACGUCAUGCAUCCAGUGGCUCGUGGAUGCUUCACUACAUGUUCCACAACCGUAAGGAACUUAAGAAGCCGAGUGGGAACGUUCUCGGUUAUUUGACUUCUGUUGCGAGGUCGAUGGCAAACCAUACAUGCUACUUUACCAUCAAGGCCGAUACCAAAGAGGUGAAGCUAUGUGGAACAAUAUACCACCGACUGACAACAGAUGUAAUUAUCAAAGUUCCAAGCCAACCGACGAGACAAAUGCUUGCUUUCAAGGCAAAGUUAAAGAGAUACAUGGAUGCAAUCAAUCGCAAGAUGAAUUUGGCACGCUUUUGACAUUGUUAACAUUGUGGGACUUAGUAAAGUUAUAAUUAAGAAUUACAUAGUGCAUUGGUUUAAAUAAAUGCGAUUUUUACGUAUAAGUAGACGAUAUUUAUUUUUGAUAAUAUUGGUUUAAACAAAGAUACAUAUGUAAUGUUAUUUAUCUAGAUCAGAUAGGGAAAACCGUAAAAUUGUGUAAAUAUUAUUAUUUAAUCAAACAUAUUCAAUUAAAACACAUAAAAUAUACUUAUAUUUCAACAAUAACUUAGAUAUAUAUAAAAAUGUAUAUACUAUUAACGUCAGUAUUUUAUAGAGGAUAUUUGUUCAUGUCAGUGUAAGAUCGUUUGUUAUUUCACGAGUGAUCAUAGAAAAUAUAUUUUCACGAGUGGCGCAGCCACGAGUGAAAAUAUUAUUUUUCUUUGAUCACGAGUGAAAUAACAAACGAUCUUACACUGACAUGAACAAAUUUUCUGUUUCUUUUAUGCCCCUUUUUCAAGAAAAUAAUUAACAGCGGUUUCCCUUUUGCUAAAAAGUUACCCUUUCUCUGAGUUUUUCCCGUGGCGUGCCUCAAAACAUUGAUAUGACGUCAUUUUGUUGACGAAAUGACGUCAUUUUGUUGACAAAAUUAGGUCAUUGUUCCAGGGAAAUUCUUCAGUUAAACUCUUUUACAAUGUAAAUAAACGGUACAAAAAAGCAUAAAACUAAAAGAAAACGUGUUGGAUUCGGUGGAAUAUCGAUUUUAUUUCACUCGUGAUCAUAGAAAAAAUAUAAACAAGGAUAUAAACAAGGGAAGUACAUCUUGAUAUGAUAAUCUUAAAAUAGAAAAAGGAAUUCCGAAAAUGUGUUAUUUUCAUCGGUGAAAAUAACAAUUUGUUUAUUUUCACUGCUGUUGUUUCACUGCAGAAAUGUCAUAUUUUAUCAUUAGGUAUAAAAGAAAUUGUGUUAUUGAGUUGCCUUAGAUUACUAUAAGCAUACGGUUUUUACACGCACGAAAGAGGUUAUGAUUUUAUCCCGUUGCUGUUUGUGUUUGUUUAUCUGUAAAUUUGUAAUUCUAAGAUAAUAUUAAAAAGCCUUUAUUCGUU